AUGCUCGCCCGACAGAUUCGGAGGGCGAUUGCCUCUCAGCGGGCUGCUCCAACACGACCAAUUGGGCUGAGUCUUGCCACGGCUGUCGACGACUUCAAGUUUGGCAAUUCUCCUUAUGGCGACCUCAACCAGCUCGCUGGCUCGGGCCUGCAACCCUUCCGGACAUCACCUACCGAAGUCCGCCCUCUCGACCCCUCCUCAUUUUUGACCAUCCCGGAGCCACCCAGUCGCCGACCAUUUGCCAAGAUGAACGCCAAAGGCAUCCCUGCUGAAGCUGAGGAGAUGUUACCCGUCUUUGAUGCCUGCAUCAAUGUGGGCAGACUUGAGAGAGCUGCUCUGAUCCUGAAGCGGAUGAACCUGACCGGCGUCUUGCCAGGUGAGCAUCGAAUUAUACUCCACAACCAGUACCUUCGCGCAUCCCUCGACCAAAUGCGAAUGAGUCCCGAUCGAAAACAAGCCGAACAACUCCACAAAUGGUACGAGCUCCAGAUACGCAAUCAGGGUAUGCCGCAGACCGCCGAGACCAUCGCCUGUAUGCUCAAGGCUUCACUUCUUUCCGAGCGGGGAACAAGACUCGAACGUCUCAUCAACCGAUACAUGAGCAUGGCUCCCGGCGAAGCUGGUCUGCGCGUGCUGAGCAUGGCCGACAUCCUCACCGAUCAAGAUCUGGGCAUCAUCACCGAGAUAUGCCCUACUUACAGCUUCGCUCCUGAAUCCGAGGACAGUGACUAUGUGACCAUGGUAUCCGAGGACCAGGACUUUGCAGCUGAGGAGGGUCUUGAAGAGGAGUUGGACGCACAACAGGUCGGACCCUACCCUGAGGUCAGACCCACUCCCCAGCGUGGAGACGGUCUGCAAACUCUCAAAACUGCUCUCUCCCUCAUGCAUGAGCUCCAAGAUGUCGACAUCUCCAAGCUGUCGGUUGAGGAGCAGCAAGAGUUUCAAAUACGUCUAGAACGAGAUUCUAUCGACGCUGCAAUCGAGAAAUGGCGAAGUGCCAAGAAGAAGAUGGACAAGAUGGGCAUCAACACUUCUCUCAACGUCAAGAGUGACGACUUCAAUGUUGGCGACAUGCUACAUAAUUGGCUGACGCAAAUGGAGACACGAUUGAGACAGGAGAUUAGCAAAGUUGAGGAGUCGGAGGAGAGAGAAUCCAAGACGGAGGAAGACUUGGAACGCUGCAUUUACGGCCCCAUCCUUCGCGCGGCCAACCCUACUCGACUGGCUGCCGUCUCCAUUCUUGCUGUGCUCAAUAGUGGUGCAGUAAUGGGCUUGGAUAAGGGUGUCACCAUGAUCCGCCUUGUGAACGAUGUUGCAAAGGUGGCUCAGGAGGACAUCCGAGCUCAGAUUGCUGAUAACGCUGCAAAGGAACGUCGACGUCUGCGUAAAGUCAAGUAUACCGCAAACCCCGACGAGCAGGUUGAGACGAGCGAGCAAGCCAUCAUCGCCGAUGCCCACGAACCACUCCCAGAGAUUGAUGAUGAUAGCGACGCGAGAAAGGUGUGGUCGACCACGGUCAGGAUUCGGAUCGGAUCUAUUCUCGUCAAAUCCUUGAUGGAGACUGCCGAGGUCAACGUGAUCAAGCAGAACCAGUUGACUAGGGAGAAGAUUAGUCAAGUCCAGCCUGCCUUUUCACAUAUGCACGCGAUGCGAAAGGGCAAAAAGAUUGGUGUCUUUGCCUUGAACCCAUUUCUGGUUGAGCAAUUCAAGCGCGAACCAGUCGGGGAUUUCCUCGCCAAGCAUCUUCCUAUGAUCGCUGAGCCCCAGCCAUGGAAGAACAUGAAUACUGGUGGCUUCCUACAGAGCAAAGUCUCCCUGGUCCGUAUCAAGUCAGGAGACGACGAGCAAAAGCUAUACACAAAGGCAGCCAUCCAGCGAGGCGACAUGGACCAAGUCUUCAAGGGAUUGGACGUGCUAGGAAAGACCCCCUGGAGGAUCAACGACAAGCUCCUGGAUGUCAUGGUGGAGGCAUGGAACACAGGCCAUGAGAUUGCCAACAUACCAGCGCUGAACCCGGUGCUGCAGUCCCCCCCUGAGCCAGAGACACCCGAUCCCCUCGUUAGACGUACCUGGAUGCGCGCUCUCAAGUCGGUCGAAAACCACCGGUCCGCUCUUCAUUCCCAGAGAUGUUUCAUGAACCUCCAGCUCGAGAUUGCAAGGGCCUUCCGCAAGCAGGUCAUCUACUUUCCCCACAAUGUCGACUACCGAGGUCGUGCUUAUCCUCUUCCAACCUAUCUUAACCAUAUGGGAGCCGACCACAUGCGAUCUCUCCUCAAGUUUGCAAACGGCAAGGAGCUCGGCGAGACCGGUCUCAGGUGGUUGAAGAUUCACAUGGCCAACGUUUACGGGUUCGACAAGGCCAGCUUUGACGAGCGAGAGGCCUUUGCUACAGACAAUCUUGACAAGAUCAUCGAGUCGGCCACAAACCCUCUCCACGGAAGUCGAUGGUGGUUGAAGGGCGAGGACCCUUGGCAAUGUCUGGCUGCUUGCUUCGAACUGAAGGCCGCUCACGAUCUCCCUGAUCCUACAAAGUUUGUGUCAAACCUGCCGGUCCACCAAGAUGGCACCUGCAACGGUCUCCAGCACUAUGCGGCUCUCGGUGGUGACACCUGGGGUGCUCAACAAGUCAACCUCAUGCCAGGCAGCCGGCCGGCCGAUGUCUAUUCGGCUGUCGCUAAUCUGGUCAGGGAGUCGAUUAGCAAGGAAGCCGAGAGCAAAGAGGCUCUUGCGGAGAUUUGCAAGGACAAGAUCACCCGCAAGGUUGUGAAGCAAACUGUCAUGACCAACGUUUACGGAGUCACGUUUGAAGGCGCCAAGAAGCAGGUCGCCAAACAAAUCGAUGCCCUAUAUCCUAACCUGCACAAGGAGAGUGGGAUCCCUCAUCUUGUCGUGGCAACAUACAUUGCCAAGCACAUCUUUAUGGCCCUGGCAACCAUGUUCCGUGGUGCUCAUGACAUUCAGUACUGGCUUGGUGAAUGUGGUGGUCGAGUGUGCCGAGCCCUGACUCCGGCUCAGCUUGACCAGAUUGCGGAAGAGUAUCAGAACCCAUCCGACAAGGCAACCGCCAAGGUAAGGGCAAAGAAGCCGGCCAAGAAUCAACUCGAGGAGUUGUCUGCCCAGUUCCGAUCCACUGUCGUUUGGACCACGCCUCUACGCAUGCCAGUCGCGCAGCCAUACCGCAAGUCGUACAUGAAGGAAAUCCGUACCUGUCUGCAGUCCAUCUCAUACCCGGCCUUCGACCAGACGGACCCCGUGAACCGGAGGAAGCAACUUCAGGGAUUCCCUCCCAACUUCAUCCACUCGCUAGAUGCCAGCCACAUGCUGCUCUCUGCGCUCAAGUGCGAUGAGCUGGGCCUCAACUUUGCCGCCGUCCACGACUCGUUCUGGACCCAUGCUGCAGACGUGGACGUUAUGAACACAGUUCUGCGGGACGCCUUCAUCCGAAUUCACGAAGAGGACGUUGUCGGCCGCCUGGCCACCGAGUUCAAGGCAAGGUACAGGGGCGCGUUGUAUCUGGCCAACAUCGACGCUGACAGCCCCGUCGCCAAGAAAAUCAAGGAGAUACGAAAGAAUGGCAGGAUGAACUACAAGGAGGAGCUAUUGCUUGAGCACAAGCGCAACACACUUCUUCUUUCCGGCAAUCCUUGGGAUGUGGAGGCUGCCAGCAAGAUUGUCACGCCUGCCUCAGUAUAUGAGGAGAUGGCUGCAGCCGAGGUCGACGUCGAGAUUCAGAAGGAAACCCAAGAGAUUGGGGGUCUCGGGGAUAUUCCAGAGGGCGAAGUCAGCGCACUCGAUGAAGCUACAGAAGUGGCAGAACUGAGCACUCUCGGCAACAAUUUUGCCCAAGCGCUCAUGGAAAACCUUUCAACCACGGCAUUCGAGCACCAAAUCGUCAAGCAAAAGAAGCGCGCGGAGCAAAAUGUCAAGAAGGUCAUUCCUAUCUGGCUUCCACUCAAGUUCCCUGAACUUCCCCAGAAGGGCGACUUUGAUGUGACGCAGUUGCGAGAGAGCAAGUACUUUUUCUCUUGA